UGACUGUGCGUGGUGCGGGCCCUCGUUCCUCCACGUAGCUCCUAACAGCAACAGGUGGCUUUUUUUGGGGAGGACGUGCGACCCGGCUUCAUCACAGAUGGGGAUUGGUGGAUUGGCGGCAGGUCGGGGAUAUAAAAUGCUGUGAAGCGACCUGUUCAACUUCACUGACAACAUGAAGGUCCUCCUGCUUCUCGGAUUGGUGGCUUUUGCCUCGGCUGACAACACUCGCUUCGAGGGAGAGAAAGUCUUCCGUCUGAAGCCCGUGCUUGACGAACAUGUGACCCUCAUUAAGGACCUGGCUAACAGCAUCGAGGUUGACUUCUGGAGGCCCGAGAACGCCGAGCUGGUGACCAUCGACAUCGAUGUGGACAUCCAUGUUCCUGCCAUGUACCUGGACAUCGUGUCCACCAUCCUGCACCAGAACGACAUGGAGCACGAUCCCCAAGAUGUUUCUAUUCCUGCCUCACAUCUGGGGGGUGAGUUGGAGGGGGGGGGGGUCGAGGGUCGCCCCCUCUCUUUGGUCUGCUGCGGCAUCAUGGGAGACAUGGCUCCUCCUGGGCCUCAGGACAGACCGCGCCCCCCUCGCCUCCAUCACACAUUGAGCACCCCCACCCCGCCCCCCGACUGUUUUUAUACUGUUACACACUCCUCUUCGCAGCGGCAGUGCUCCCUCCUGGUGAAGGCUCUGUCCACCUACGGCAGUGACUCUCAGAUGACCAGCCUGCUGAACGAGAUGGACGUCUAUGUCCUGCCCGUCUUGAACGUCGAUGGCUACGACUACACCCACAAGAGCAACAGGAUGUGGAGGAAGACUCGCUCCAGGAGAUCUGGAUCCAGCUGCAUCGGUGCCGAUCCCAACAGGAACUUCGACGCUGGCUGGUGCACCGUUGGAGCCUCCAGCAACCCCUGCAGCGACACCUACUGCGGGUCCAGACCCGAGUCUGAGAUCGAGGCCAAGAACGUGGCCGACUUCAUCCGCAGGAACAAGUCCGACAUCAAGGCGUACAUCACGGUGCACUCCUACUCCCAGCUGCUGCUCUUCCCCUACGCCUACACCUUCGAGCUGGCUGCCACCCACAGCGAGCUGGUGAGUCUCUAUCCGCUUUAACUUCUCAAACUGCUUCUGCCAUCCUGGUU